GUUUAAGUAUGUAUUAGGUGUUAUAGAUGCUUCAGGGUAGAGCCAAGGAAAAUUCAUCAAAUGAUGGGGAAUUUGCCAGGAGACAGAGUUAUAAGAACUCGCCCGUUCUUGAAUGUGGGCAUUGAUUAUCUUGGUCCAAUAGAAAUACACCAUAAAGUUAGAGGAAAGAGAAUAGACAAAUCGUAUGUGUGCGUUUUUGUCUGUUUUGCCACGAAAGCAGCGCAUUUGGAAGUGGCAUCAGAUUUGACGUCAGCGGCGUUUAUUGGUGCAUUAAAAAGGUUUGUAGCAAGGCGCGGAUGUCCAACUAGGAUUUAUUGUGAUAAUGGGACUAACUUUGUAGGGGCCUCAAACAGUUUGCACGAAAUCUACAAAUUGUUUGCAGAAAAACAACAUAAGGAGAAGAUUGAUGAGUUUUGUCUGCAACGGGACAUAGAGUGGAUUAAUAUUCCUGCACGAUCACCGCAUGUUGGAGGACUAUGGGAGGCAUGCGUGAAAUCAGUGAAGAAGCAUUUUCAUAAGGCGGUAGAGGGAAUAAUGACAUACGAAGAGUUAUGUACAUUAAUCGCUCAAAUUGAGGCCGUUUUAAAUUCCAGGCCGUUAACACCAUUGUCUGAAGAUCCAAAUGACAAUAGUGUAUUGACUCCGGGGCAUUUUCUAAUAGGAGAGGCCUUUACGACAAUAGUUGAUUCGUCGGAGAACAAAUGCUAUAAAGGGCUGCGAGACCAUUGGAGGGCAGUACAAGAAAAUGCAAAUGCGUUUUGGGAACGUUGGUCGAUGGAAUAUCUGUCCGAAUUAAAUAAGAGGUACAAGUGGAAUAAACCUCAAUCGAAUAUGCAACCGGGUACUUUGGUUCUUUUGAAAGAGGAUAAUCUGCCACCUCUGAGCUGGAGGCGGGGCAGGGUCAUCCGAACGAUCAUAGGUUCGGAUGGGUUGUGUAGAAUGGUGGACGUAAGGACCAGCACGGGAGAAACAAAAAGAUCGAUCCAAAAUGUUUGUCCUUUUCCCACUGAGAACAAUGAGGAAAUAGUCGGAGAAGAUGAAGCUACGAUAUUGAAUGCAGCUUACAAUGAAAACAAAAAGCCGACUAUAUGCAAACGAAAAGGUUCGGUCUCACCGACCUUAAGAAGAGAGAGGAUAAAAAAUAAGAAUUUCAUAGUUUGUAUUAUAAAUUUAUUGUGUCUAAUAAGCCCAAUUAGAGCUAAAAUUGAUAUUAUUAAAUUCACGGAGAAAUCUAGCAUAUUCUUCGAAGAGGUUAGUACAGUGGGGCUAACGAAAUCAUCGUGGGAUAUUGUGGUGCAUAUCAACAUAUCAAAAUAUGCAGCUUCAAUGACAACUAUAAAUAAUGCGAUGUCGGAUUAUGGAGUUUUUGUGGAUAAGGUGUUGGAAAAGCAGCAAGUCUUUCUGCGGAACGAGCUGGAAGAAGCAUAUCAUCAAGUGCAAAAUAGGAACGAGCUUAUAAUGUCAUCAAUGCCUGAUAGAAGGUCGAAACGAGCGGCACUUGCGUUUGUUGGAGGUAUUUUUCAUUCACUGUUUGGAUUGAUGGACGAAGAACACGCUGAAGUUCUUUCUGAGAAGAUACGGAAUGCUGCGGAAAAUCAAGAGUAUCUAUUGAGUUUGGAGAGGAAUUAUACUUCUAUUCAAGACAUUACCUCUGAAGUCAUUAAAAAGCAAAAUGAGGUAAUAUUCGACAACAUCCAGAAGUUCAAAGGCUCUUUCGAUUCCUUGAAUGCACGGGUGAAUAAUCUAGCCGACCGAGAAGCUAUUGUGAGGAAAGCAACAAGCCUAUUAGCAACAUUAGAAGCGUUUGGAGAAAUUCAGAAGAAUUUAAUCACUGUGAUGACGAACACGAAAGGAAGCUUACUGCAUGAAUUAAUUUCUGUUAAGAAAUUGAAGGACGAAAUUCUGCGGAUAAGGUCCACAGUCAACAAGAGGUUGCGAUUGCCUACUGAGAGGCCAAUGGAGCUUUCAAAACUGGCACAUGUUACAACAAGAACAACAAUUGGGUUUAUUCUGUUCAACGUACGAUUACCGCUAAUUAAUGCUGAUUUGUUUACUUCAUAUGCAAUUCAUGCAUAUCCGGAGAUGCAUGAUGGUUUAUCUGUACGAAUACAACCUAGUAACAGUUAUAUGUUAAUUGACGAGAGGAAAACAAUGUUUUAUUACAUCAGCGAAGAGAACUGGGCACAUUGUCAGAAGACUGAGGAUAUGAUGAUCUGUCCUCAAACUCAUCCCUUAUACAACACACGAAAUACGCAAAGUUGCGAGGUGCAAUUGUUUCUGAAGACUAGACGAGUACCAACUAGUUGCAAGGUUGAGAUCAAGGCUUGGGCAAAUUAUUGGAAACAAGUUCAAGCUCCAAAUACUUGGAUAUUUUCGAUUUCGACACAAAUGGGAGCUGAAGCUGUUUGCGACAACAAAAGGCAUGCUGUUAUUAUAGAAGGUCAAGGGCUGAUAAAACUACAGCCAAAUUGUCAUCUCGAAACUGAAGAGACCACUUUAUGGGCGUACGACAGGUACAGCAGCGAUGCUGAUUUUAUGAUUCCAAACAUCAAUUUGACGUCAUUUUUACCUCCAUUGUCACAUUUGAAGUUGGAUAACGAGAUUGCAAUUUAUAAACUCUCAGACAUCCCUAAGGCAACUUCAAUUCUUGGCUGGCCCACGCAUUUAAAUAUUCAUCAUCUGGCACAUUAUGGCUUCAGCGUUACUACAUGCAUUAUCAUCAUUGUCAUCAUUAUUGCCGUGAUAUGGAUUUUGAAGAAGGUAUGCAACAUGUCAUCAAGAUACCUGCCAGCAUCCAUUGUACUACCUCGUUUAAGAUAAAACAAAAUAAUUGCUAUAUAAAUGUACAGAUAUAUAUUACUUUGCUCAACUUUAUUCAACUUAGACUGUAAUUAUAAGUAAUUUUUCUGUAUGUAACAAUUCAAUGUUCAAUAGAUAUAAUACUCAUAAAAAGACUAGGAUCUUUUAAGGCGGGGAGAAUGUACAGUUCAGUAUGUUUGGUUGAGGAUAGGCCAACAAAUAACAGACAUGUGUGCAUAGUAUAUAUACCCAGAGAUAGGGAAUUUCUAUGAUAAAACCUUAGAUCAUAAAAUGAGCACAUGUUGGAACACUUAUGUAGAAGUAAGCAUUUGUAUUGUUUAUCAUUAAGUGUAUCGUUUAUCAGUAAGUGAUUUUCUAAUCAUUAAGAGUACAUGUGUUUCAACUAAGGCAGGUAGCUAGUUCACUAUGUAAAUAUCCUGUGGAUGGAAAUAG